AUGUCUGCUUACGGGGUCAUCGACAGACCGCAAAGGACAUCUUAUUUGCCUACUACAUUAUGGGAUAAUCCCCGAGUAGAGUCAGAUCUCGGGACCCAAUCUUUCGUGACCAUACAUCACAUCGACCGGGCCGCGGUGGAGCGCGUCCAAACCGGUCUAUUCAACUACCUCCACUCCAUCUUUACGAAUGAAGUCGACAAAGGCUUAACGUAUCCACAAGAAGACAUCAGCGAUCCCGCAGCCUUCGGAGCGUACUUCUUCGGCGGAGACGUGCUCCUCGCCAUCGCUGGUAAAGGAGAUCCGCCCAAAAUUGAGAGCGAGCAGCGCGGGGUGCGGGAGAUCGAACAAAGCCUGGAAGGUGCGAGAAAUGGGCGGCCAUGGGAGGGGUGCGUCGCAGGGUUUUACUAUGUAAAACCCAACUACCCUGGGCGAUCUUCCCAUAUCUGUAAUGCAGGAUUUAUGGUGCCCCCUUCCCAACGUGGCAGUGGUUAUGGGCGUAUCCUCGCUAAAUCAUAUCUGCACUAUGCACCAGCGUUGGGAUACAAGGCUAGCGUGUUUAACCUAGUGUACAAUAAUAACGCCGCGAGCGUCAAGUUGUGGGAGGGACUGAAGUUUACGAAAGCUGGACUUAUACCCAAGGCUGGUCAAGGCGAGGAAUACGUUGACGCAAUCGUGUUCUAUAAGAGUUUCGAAGAAACAUAG